AUGGUGUGUGGCUCUUCUAGCGGGAAUGGCCGGCCGCACCUACUGAGCUGUGGACUCCCUCUGCAGCUGGCUGGGGGAGUCAGCUCACCAGCUGCUACACAAAUGAGGUCCUCCACCGCCGCCACCACCACCACCGCCACUGCUCGCACAUCUCGCCAGACACCUGCACCACCCACAUCUCCUCCUCCUGAAGAAGCCACUUUCUCUCGCAAAUGGAGCAUUUCUGCAGAGGGGAGAAGCAGGAAGCUGAUAGAGGCAGCUAUGGAGGGGUUGGUGGAGCAGCUGCGAGCGUUGCUGGUGGCAGGGACGGACGUGCAUGCGAGGGACAGAGACAGACGGACUGCCCUGCACUGGGCAGCAAUCAGGGGACACUUGGAGGCGGCGAGCAUCCUCGUGGGAGGCGGUUCAGAGAUGAACGCCAAGGACAGCUGGCACAACACGCCUCUGCACUUGGCUGAACGGAGUGGCCAUGCAGCUGUGGUGUGGCUGCUUUUGGGGGCCUACACUGACCCCAACGCGAGGAAUCGGUGGGGUUCGACGCCGCUGCACAGGGCGGUAAUUGGUGGCCACAUAGAGGCGGCAGCUGCACUGAUGCAGGCUGGAGCCGAUACAGAGGCCAGGGAUGAGGAUGGGGGGACCUCCCUGGACCUCACCUGA